AGCAUUAUGGAAGACAAAAGUAAAGUUAUUUGUGAAGCACUAGAUCCAUCGACUGGCCUUUUUAUAUCAAUGGCUCUACUUCGAGAUGUGAAAAAUGCAAAAGACCUAAAAGAGAAGGUUAUGUCAGGUGCCUUGAAGUGUGCUAUUAUGAAACCAUCUCUAAUUGUUGAUCCCUUCCAAGUUAUCGUUGCUGCCAACAAAGCUGCCGUCAGUUAUAUUAAUAAUAAAAUGGUGACGAAGAGUAUGUAUACGGAGUUAUUGUUUAAUCUCUCAAUAUCGAAGAAUAUUACACAGUCUCUGGUAAAGUUUGGCAUUCAUGAAAGUGAUGACGAUGUCUUUAUAGCAACAAUUCACAAGAAAAAUGAAUCAGGCAUUUUGGAAAUUUUAUCAGAAAUUUCUGGUGAAUUGGUGCCUUUGGUUGAACUAAAAAAUUUGUUUGAUAGUAGCCUUAUUUGUAAAUCAUAUAAACUUAGUGAAUUUGAGAAAAAUAAUUCACUUAUACUAGACUCCAUAGUGAGCCGGAUAGCAACCAGUGACUUUGUUACUUACUAAAAUAACUGCACCGCAUGAAUUUGUAUUGAUAGAAAAUCAUAUCUUGCUAAUUUUCAUUAAACUUACUAUUUUCCUAGUGCUGGUGUCUCUGUAUCCUUCAUAAAUAUUGUAACAUUGUAAACCAAUGAUUUAAUAAGACUAAAAUCUUUUCUGUUCUUUUAAAAAAAAGAGUAGUUUGUGAUCUGUUUGUAAUAAAAUAAUUCUGUACGAGA